AUGGAAGAAGACAGCAAAAAGACUUUGGCACGAUUCACUGACGAUGGCGGCUUUAAACCAAAUCAACAUGAACGUGAGCGUUUCCGCACGGUGGCCGCGUUUUUCGUCUUUGGAGCUUUAAUGUACGCUUCAUACUCCCUUGUUAUUGCUGGAGCUCAAGAUAUUUUAGCCGGAACAUUUAUUCAAACUUCCAUGGUCCUCGUGGCGGACAUAGCACCGUAUUUUGUUGUUUCAUUAAUCGCCCCUUACUUCAUGCAAAGAAUACCGUAUUUUGUCCGCAUCACGACAGUUUUCUUGUCUGGAAUUAGUGGUUUACUGAUCCUCGCAUUCGCCCGACAGGUUCAUUGGAAAUUAAUUGGUGUAGGUAUGACGUCGUUCGGUUUUGGAGUCAGUGAAGUUACAUUUCUAGCGCUCACAUCGUUUUAUCACGAAGUAACAUUAAGUGCUUAUUCAGCUGGAACUGGAGUUGGUUUUAUGAUAGCUCCCUUAUAUUACACAGGUAAGUAG